CGCGUGGACUCGUCGUGAGAUUAUGAGUAAUCAUAAAUCAGUAUGGUAGUCAUUUAUAUCGCUAUCAAAUGAUAAAUGGAAACGAAGAUGUACCAGCGGCUAUUUCCCACUGUGUAAAACGUUUUUAUUGUUUAUACCAAUAUACACUGUGCCAGUUCCAAGCGGGACGGCGAACAGACAGAAGGCAGUGUAUAAACAGAACGAAGGUAGAAACUACGUAUCUAGGCCUAUCUGUCAGCAUUUAAAGGGGUCAGCAUAGGAAACGAAAGGAUCUUAACAGAAGGAUGGCAAGACGCUGGAGAGAAACCACACACGGCUACGCUAUACUGGCGUUGUUUUUACUUUGUGUAUCAAGUAAUACAGUAUUAGGUCAGACGCAGCAAACAUUAGAUUACAUGGGUGAAAACCUGGAAAUCCGCUAUGACGUUAUAGACAACACCGUAGAUACGUGGAAGACUUACGACGCGCAGAUUUCACUGACAAAUAAAGGUUUAGAACCGAUUGAGAAAGGCGAUUGGGCCAUAUACUUUUGUCAUAUCAGACUAAUAGAGCCAGAGAACUUGCCGUACCCAAUUGGUCUAGCUUAUAAAACAGCUGGAAUGGAGAUAUACCAUAUUAAAGGUUGUCUUUUUAAGCUGCAGCCAGAUGCUGGUUUUAAAACGUUAUCAGGUGGCCAACGACUUGACAUUAAGUUCAGAGGGCAGUAUUGGACAAUUGCUGUGACAGAUAUUAUGCCAAACUGGUACGUAGCAAGUUUGAAUCCAUCUCUAAGUCCUCGGGUCAUACAAAGUACUUCAGGUGAAAGCCUCAACUUUGUAGGCCCCCUGGAUUCAGCCGCCAAAUGGAAGCGAUACAACUACGAAGAUCUGAAGGAUUAUUACGACCCUUACACCCCUGAAAAACGAUACAAACUGAACGACAUAUCAAACCUCGGGAAGAGUCCGCUGGAAGUGAUUCCAAAACCCGUGGAGUUGAUGGUUGACUCGAGUGUCAUGUUGGAUUUGGGAAGUGGGGAUUGGAUGUUGUUUGCUGACCCAAAGUUUAUCAACGAGACAUGGAGUUUGACGGAUUCUUUACCCCUGACUGUGGUGGACUCUGAACCAGGGCCCCAGCAAAAAGUCGUCAUCUUAAGAGAAGGAAACGUGCAAGUAGAUGGCUUGGGUUCCAGCACAGAGGCAUACAGCAUUGCUAUAAGCGAUAGCAAUAAAAAUGUAGAAAUCCAAUCAGCGUCCGCUCCCGGAAUUUUCUAUGGCAUACAGACAUUGCUGAGCUUGAUAACACCGGACAAUAAACUACCUAAAAUAGCAGUAAAGGACGCCCCCAGGUAUGCAUUCCGAGGAAUGCACGUGGAUGUCGCCAGAAAUUUUAGGACGAAGGAAGAUAUUUUGAAGCUGCUAAAAGUAAUGGCGUUGUAUAAAUUGAAUAAGUUCCAUUUUCAUCUAUCAGACGACGAAGGAUGGAGAUUGGAAAUACCUGGAUUGGAGGAGUUGACAUCAGUUGGUUCCAAACGAUGUCAUGAUGUGACGGAAAAAACCUGUGUCGUAUCCCAACUGGGAUCAUUGCCAAACGGAGAGGGGCUUGGAAGCGGAUAUUACACAGUCAAUGAUUAUAAAGAAAUACUCCACUUCGCAAACGACAGACACAUAGAAGUCAUUCCAGAGGUAGACUCUCCUGGCCAUUUACACGCAGCCAUUAUCGCCAUGAAGGCAAGAAGCGCCAAUCUCAAAGAAAAAGGGGAACCGGAUUCAAUAGCAGAUCAGUACUUAUUAUCCGAACCAAAUGAUACUUCUACAUAUCUCUCAGUUCAAUAUUUUGAUGACAAUGCACUGAACCCCUGUCAAGAGUCUUCCUAUAGAUUUGUAGAACAUGUUGUAUCGGCGCUAAUAGACAUGCAUCGGGAUAUUCAGCCACUGAAGUGGUUUCAUUAUGGCGGUGAUGAAGUUCCAGAUGGGAUAUGGAUAAAUUCUACGAUUUGCCGAAAUUACUUUCCGUCUGUCAAUGCAACAGGCGCUAGUAUAAAAGAACACUUGAUGGAACUGUUCUUGAAGAAAGUGUCCAAUAUAACAGAGAAGCUUGGCGUUGGCCUCGCUGCGUGGGAAGAUGGGCUCUUAGGCGAAAAAGGCAUUCCUUUCAACCGUUUUGAACUUGAAAACAGCCAAAUUUACAGUAAUGCUUGGCAAAACGUCUGGGAAUGGGGAGGCGCGAGACGUGCGUAUGACCUGGCAAAUGCGGGAUAUAAGGUAGUGAUGUCCCAGGUCACACACUUGUAUUUCGAUCACCCUCAAGAACCAGAUCCUUUGGAGAGGGGGUAUUACUGGGGGCCUAGGUUCACCGAUACCAGAAAGACGUUUGGGUUCAUGCCGGACAACCUCUUUGCCAAUGUAGACUACGAACGAUCUGGCAAACCAUUGACUGAAGAGGAGUUUUGUAAGGACAUAACGCAGUGCGUGCAUUUAGAGAAACCAGAAAAUAUCAUAGGUAUACAAGGGCAACUAUGGAGUGAAACAAUGCGCACUGGUGAACAAUUCGAUUUCAAUGUCUACCCUCGGUUGUUGGCCCUAGCUGAAAGAGCGUGGCACAAGGCAAGCUGGGAGGAUAUUACAAACAAAGUGGAGAGGGAAAAACAGAGAAAGAAAGACUGGGAGAGAUUUGCUAAUCUUUUAGGCUAUAAGGAAUUGCCACGCCUAGACAAAAUGGGCGUGUCUUAUUACCUGCCGUGUCCCGGGGCCAAAUAUAAUGGCAGCACUCUGCAAGCAAAUGUUGCUUUUUCCGGGUUGACCGUGCAGAUUUCUGACGACAGUGCGAAGACUUGGGCAGAUUUAAGCACAGACGCUAAAAGCGACGCCAAACCUAAGGUCAUGCUGAGGACAAAGUCUAGCAGUGGACGUACCAGCCGCCACAUUAACAUUUCUCGACCCGUUGUUGCUAGUGAAGGUUCAACAUCGCCGAUAUCCAUAAUCACACUGGCGGCACUGCUUUUAUUAUCAGUAUGUCGUAUCAGGGAAUUUUUAGGCCAGACGCAACAAACAUUAGAUUACAUUGGUGAAAACCUGGAAAUCCGCUAUGACGUUAUAGACAACACCGUAGAUACGUGGAAGACUUACGACGCGCAGAUUUUACUGACGAAUAAAGGUUUAGAAGCGAUUGAGAAAGGCGACUGGGCCAUAUACUUUUGUCACAUUAGACUUAUAGAGCCAGAGAACUUACCGUACCCAGAUGGUCUAGCUUAUAAAACAGCUGGAAUAGAGAUUUACCACAUUAAAGGUUGUCUUUUUAAGCUGCAGCCUGAUGACGGUUUUAAAACUUUAUCAGGUGGACAACGACAUGACAUAAAGUUCAAGGGACAAUACUGGACAGUUGCCGUGACAGAUGUAAUGCCAAACUGGUACGUAGCGAGUUCGAAUUCAUCUCUAAGUCCUCGGGUCAUACAAAGUACUUCGGGUGAAAGCCUCAACUUUGUCAGCCCGUUGGAUUCAUCCGUGAAAUGGAAGCGAUACUACUACGAGGACCUGAAGGAUUAUUACGACCCUUACACCCCUGAAAAGCGAUACAAACUGAACGACAUAUCAAACCUCGGGAAGAGUCCGAUGGAAGUGAUUCCAAAACCUGUGGAGAUGACGGUUGACUCAAAUGCCAUGUUGGAUUUGGGAAGUGGGGACUGGAUGUUGUAUGCUGAGCCAAGGUUUAUCAACGAGACAUGGAGUUUGACUGAUUCUUUACCUCUGACUGUGGUGGACUCUGACCCAGGGCCGCAACAGAAAGCCAUAAUUUUAAGAGAAGGGAACGUGCAAGUAGAUGGCUUGGGUUCCAGCACAGAGGCAUACAGCAUUGCUAUAAGCGAUAGCAAUAAAAAUGUAGAAAUCCAAUCAGCGUCCGCUCCCGGAAUUUUCUAUGGUAUACAGACAUUGCUAAGCUUGAUAACACCGGACAAUAAACUACCUAAAAUAGCAGUGAAGGACGCCCCAAGAUAUGCAUUCCGAGGAAUGUAUGUGGAUGUUGCUAGGAAUUUCAGGACGAAGGAAGAUAUUUUGAAGCUGCUUAAAGUAAUGGCGUUGUAUAAAUUGAAUAAGUUCCAUUUUCAUUUAUCAGACGACGAAGGGUGGAGAUUGGAGAUACCUGGAUUAGAGGAGUUGACAUCAGUUGGUUCCAAGCGGUGUCAUGAUGUAACGGAAAAAACCUGUGUCGUAUCCCAACUAGGAUCAUUGCCAAACGGAGUAGGACUUGGAAGCGGAUACUUCACUGUCGAUGAUUAUAAAGAAAUACUUCGAUUCGCAAACGACAGACACAUAGAAGUCAUUCCAGAGGUAGACACUCCUGGCCAUUCACACGCAGCCAUUAUCGCCAUGAAGGCAAGAAGCGCUAAUCUCAAGGAAAAAGGACAACCGGAUUCGGUUGCAGAUCAGUACUUAUUAUCCGAACCAAAUGAUACUUCUACAUAUCUCUCAGUUCAAUAUUUUGAUGACAAUGCACUGAACCCCUGUCAAGAGUCUUCCUAUAGAUUUGUAGAACAUGUUGUAUCGGCGCUAAUAGACAUGCAUCGGGACAUUCAGCCAUUAAAGUGGUUUCAUUAUGGCGGUGAUGAAGUUCCAGAUGGAAUAUGGAUAAACUCUACGAUUUGCCGAAAUUAUUUUCCGUCUGUCAAUGCCACAAGUGCUGGUAUAAAGGAACACUUGAUGGAACUGUUCUUGAAGAAAGUGUCCAAUAUAACGGAGACACUUGGCGUUGGCCUCGCUGCGUGGGAAGAUGGGCUUUUAGGCGAAAAAGGCAUUCCUUUCAACCGUACAGAACUAGAAAGUGAUCAAAUCUACAGCAAUGCUUGGCAAAACGUCUGGGAAUGGGGAACCGCGAGGCGUGCGUAUGACCUGGCAAAUGCGGGAUAUAAGGUAGUGAUGUCCCAGGUCACACACCUUUAUUUCGAUCACCCUCAAGAACCAGAUCCUUUGGAGAGGGGGUAUUACUGGGGGCCUAGGUUCACCGAUACCAGAAAGACGUUUGGGUUCAUGCCGGACAACCUCUUUGCCAAUGUAGACUACGAACGAUCUGGCAAACCAUUGACUGAAGAGGAGUUUUGUAAGGACAUAACGCAGUGCGUGCCUUUAGAGAAACUAGAGAAUAUCAUAGGUAUACAAGGGCAACUGUGGAGUGAAACAAUGCGCACUGGCGAACAAUUUGAAUUCAAUGUCUAUCCUCGGUUGUUGGCCCUAGCUGAAAGAGCGUGGCACAAGGCAAGCUGGGAGGAUAUUACAAACAAAGUGGAGAGGGAAAAACAGAGGAAGAAAGACUGGGAAAGAUUUUCUAAUCUUUUAGGCUAUAAGGAACUGCCACGCCUAGACAAAAUUGGCGUGUCUUAUUACCUGCCGUGUCCCGGCGCCAAAUAUAAUGGCAACACUCUGCAAGCCAAUGUUGCUUUCCCCGGGUUGACCGUGCAGUUUUCUGACGACAGUGGGAAGACUUGGGCAGAUUUAAACACAGACGGAGAAAGCGACGCCAAGCCUAAAGCCAUGCUGAGAACAAGGUCUAGCAAUGGACGGACCAGCCGCCACAUUAACAUUUCUCGACCCGUUGUUGCUAGUGGAGGUUCAACAUCGUCGAUAUCCAUUAUCACACUGACUGCACUGCUUUUGUUAUCAGUCAGAUAUAUCGAGAGCUUCUUUUAGGUUCAAUGUACUCAUCAGAAUGUUGAAAGCGGACGUACUAUGGUUAAAUCUUCAGUGCAGCCUCUUUCAUUCAAAAAAUUUUAUUCCCAAUGUGGGAAUAAUGCAGUGCAUAUAUAUAUAUAUAUAUAUAUCCAUGUUCAAAUAGGCCCUCCCUAUGCAUGUGUUUUUUUCUGAGAAAUUCAAACGAAGGAUAC